GGUAUUUGAGCGCGGACACUUGGCGGCGCCCACAAGCUGUUCUGUGACAAUUGAUGGAGCGAUUUGGGGAAGAUGGACUUUGAUAAACCGCGGCCACACAAUUAGUCUAAUGAAUUCUUCAGUUUUCUAAGCUCUUUGUAUGCCCGAUCUCAGUCUACCGUGGCGGACUCCUUGCAAACUAAAGCUUUUUUAUUAGGGACAAUGGCAGCGGUAACGAGUCCGGAAACAACACCUCAACCCCGGGUCUAUUUUCAAACACCUCCCGGUACCGAAGAAGAAGUGCCACAGAAGCAAGGACGAGUGACCGUAAAAUAUGACAGAAAAGAGCUGAGGAGGAGGCUGAAUUUGGAAGAGUGGAUAGUUAGCCAGUUAAUGAAUCUGUACGACUGCGAGGAGGAUGAGGUGCCUGAGCUGGAAAUAGAUGUGGAUGAACUUCUGGAUUUGCCCAGCGACGUCGAGAGAGCCAUUCGAGUGAAGAUGCUGCUGGUCGACUGUUAUAAGCCUAAUGAUGAUUUUGUGGCAGCGCUGCUGGAGAAGGUGCGGGGGAUGCAGAAACUCAGCACCCCUCAGAAGAAAGGCGAUCUGACACCAUGAGUUCACCACAGCUCCUCCAAACACCACCAAACCAACCGGUCACUCCAAACCCAGAGGAGCGAUGCAGGCAUGCAGACCCAACCACUAAACCACAGCGUCUGUCAAAUGAAGAUCAACGAUACGAGUCCAGCCAAGCCAAUCUCAGCCGCAGGUUGACCACCCCGAACUCUUUUUACUUCGUCUUAGUACUGUUUCAGCAUAUAUUACACGUAGAGAGUGUGCUAGUGUCCCCCCCUUUAGUCUAAAACUACCGUUGUGAUUUAGGGCAAGGAGUCGAAUGGUUGAUGUUACACUGUUCACUAAUACACUUCUUUUUAUUUUCCGACCACGUGACUUGGCUUGAUGUGUCUGUCUGUAAUCAAGUAGGAAAUUAGAACAAAGCUGAUUUCUUUUCACCCUCUUUUUUUUUUUUGGUCAGUCUCUCACAUCAGCUGUCUUUCUUGAAGGCGAAAUGAUUUUUUUGCAGGCCAGCAAAUAGUUGUAGAUGUGGGGAUUCAGCUUUUGGAGCGUGUUGAUGUAUUUUGGGUAGGGGAAGGGGGGAUGAAAAUUGUGAACUUGUGUUUUGUAAGCCAUUUUUAAUCUACCAUUUUUAGAGAAAAGAAGAAAAAAAAUGACAGUUCUGUGCUUAGUACUACUGCUUUUAGGAAUCAUUUGACUGAAGAAAAUUAAGCUAGAUUGAAGUUCUUUUAGGAUGAAGAGCAGCAAUACUGAUUGAGUGGAUUUGCCAAUUUGUUACAUCUGAUAUUUUUACAAUAAAGGAGAGUACGCCGAAUUGUGAUGAAGGCUAUGAAUGAUGAUGCGUUAGUUGUGUAGGCCAAGGUUAAUGCGAAAUCAAGCUCAAAGCCAGAAUAUCUUUUGUAAAUAAAACGUUUAUUCAAUUUUAAGAUUUGAGAUAUGCGUGUUACUGAUCAGAACUUCUUGGAAUGACAGAAAACUUGUACUUUGUCCACUCUCACAACCAAAUACAUGUAGUAAGGCUCUCAAAUAAAGAAUGGUGCUACAUA